UUGGCCAUGAUUAUCCCUUUGGUCACCCCUCUUCCUUGUUGAUAACAUCUAACAAAAUAUCAAUCCGAUAUCGCGUACUAGCAAUAAGCUAAGUUAAUACGACAAUGAUGAUCGCGUGGUCGUACAUCGCGCUAGCAGUUCUCCUGCAGGCCUUCUGUAGCGAGGCCUUCCUCCCAAACCACCUCAGCCUGAGUCCGGCAACAGCCAACGACUACACGCAUUCUGACAUCACGGAGACUGCUAUCCUUAGAAUGGUUGCCCGGUUAUUGGAGGACAACCCACUAACUGGGGCGACCAUUGUCCCGGGAUCGCUGACGGGGAUCAGCCCGCUGACGGCUCAGGCCUUGUUCGAUGGAUACUAUGGAGGUGGCGUUUCUGCCACCAAGCUUCAGGCAGCCAUUGAUCAGAUUGUGAAGGCAAACAAUGACGUAGACAUCCAGUUUCCCGGACUGGCGGCUUACCAAUUCAAUGGAGAAAAGAUCGUUGAGGGCAACACUAUCCUCCAGAAUCUCCGUAUCAGCCUCUACUCUCUGCUGGCCAGUUCCACCCCUGACCUGGAUGCGACCAGGGAGGCCAUCGGACAUUACAUGCACACCAUGCAGAUGUUCUAUAGUAACACCAACUACCUCGAGCUCAAGGGAAAUGUAGUGUACUCUACUCUUGGUUUCCCUGGUGCCCCAAUGAUGCCCGUCCCUCCACCUUCUAUGGACACCUGUACGAGUUGUUCCGUUGGAUCAUCAACAGCACCUUGCACAUCGAACCUCAUCAGCAUCGGCCAGGUGUUGACCAGCGGUUACCGAGCAGCACAAGAUAUCGCAAAGCCAAAUGCAACUGCUGCAAACCAAGGCAAAUGUAGUCAUGGGGGAACCUGGGACAACAGUGCAGCGUCUGUCCCUAUCGGAGGAAUCAACAAAGAGACCAGCGACCCUAAACUAUCACCCCAUUAUCAUCUUCACGAAGACGCCGGGCAACUGGCCAUCAUGGCCUCUGAAGCUCUCCUUGAUGGAGUUGGUGGUGGUCUCCGGGAAGAAUUUGGCGAUGACAUCAUGAAACAGCUCUUCAACAUCGGCACCGGUGUCUCCAUGGUCCUCGUCAUCGACAUCACGGGUUCAAUGGGAAAUGACAUCAUCGCUGUGCAGACCAAGGCAGCAGAGAUAGUCAAACUCACGCAGGGGACAGUCAACGCCCCGUACAAUUAUGUCUUGUCCACGUUUGGUGAUCCAGCCUCCAUGGGAAGUGUCCGUACGACCAAGAAUGCGAACGUGUUCCUGAGCUGGGUAAACGGUCUGACUGUCAGCGGUGGAGGCGACUGUCCUGAACUCUCCAUGUUGGGCAUCGAAAGAGGACUGCAGGCCGCUAUGCCCGGCUCCGACAUCUAUGUGUUCACCGACGCCAGCGCGAAAGACCCCGAAAGGUUCCCUACCAUUGCUUCACUCGUCGCUACGAAGAAGUGCAAGCUUCAGUUCUUGCUGACAGGACAGUGUUCGUCAAGAAGCGCGGGGCAGCAGACUCAGUCAUUUAGAUCAAACACACGGGCGAUUGACCCUCUCUACGCAUUGCUCGCCAACGCCUCUGGAGGAGGAAUCAUCACCACGGACAAGGAUAAUAUUGGCUCGGCUGCCAGUGUCAUCACGGAACAUGUUGUGGGCUCUCCAGUCACACUAUACAAAAUGACAGUGUCAACUUCUAGACAUAUAGUUGAACUUCGUUUUGAUGAGACCAUCACGGAAGCAUCUAUUCAAAUCAUUGGGGAGAGUGGCAAGAUCAUGGCGGAUCUUUAUCAAGGGGGUAUUUACGCUAAUCGUGUGAUAUUCGGCACAGGUGGAACCAAGCUUGACAUCAACAUUGACAAGCUCAUGGUGAUGAAAAUUAAACCAAUUAUCGCAGGCGCAUAUUCACUCCAGUUUAACGAUUCGCAAACGUACACUGUCGAAAUCACCGGCAACAGUCCUUUCAACUUCAAGUAUCAGUUUGUGAAAGUCUUCCCCUCUGGCCUUACGUACCCUAUCAGCGGAAACCCCAUUGCAGGGGAACAAGCCACUAUCAUCAUCGAGACAAUCGGCCAGGACAGGAUAAAGUCGGUAGAUACGCUCUUUUUGACUGAUAUGCAAGGAAAUGCAUUGUCAAAUGUUGCGCUGGAGGCUGGGACAGGGAAGGCUUCAAAUAUGCACAAGGGGGUCUUCACCCUACCCACUCAGGACUUUCGCUUGAUGCUGGUCGGAAAGGACAAUGCCAGUAAUGACGUAAUCCGCACCCUUGCCCAGCCAGUCACCCCAGAUAAUGUUAUGCUCACUCUUUUGAAGGCCGACACAGGUAAAGUCAGACAGUCAGACAAUCUGGUCGCCGGGAGCACACAGACAGUACCAUUCCACAUCAAAAACUACGGGGCGGACGGUGACUUCGAUGUGAACAUCUCUAACCAAAACAACUUUGUUCAGACAGUGACCAGGGUGUCGUUCUCGCUCAAGAAAGGCCAGGAGGGAAGUGGCCAAGUGACCUUCUCAGUUGGUCAGGCGACACAGCCGGGAACUACAAGUAUGGCAACCUUCACCGUCACUAGUAAGUCAGGAGCCACCUUCAACUAUGUCACGAAGAACCUCGUCGUGGCUGCUCCACCCCACCUAGCGGAUCUCACCCCUCCAUACUGCACCCUUUUGGCUGUCAAGGGAGGAUGCACGACUUAUACGCAUUGCAAGUCCACGAGAUGGUCUGGUAGCUUUGCAGUCCAGGACGACGAGUCUGGCAUCCAGCUCGUCAGAAUACAACACGCCGGAAAGGAUUCUUCAAUCUCAGUGUCGCCCUUCAUUCUUGGGACGAAAACGCGCGUAGUGACAAAUUACAGUUCCACCUGCUGUGACGCUUCAGUGAUAAUUGCCGCUGCUGACAUCAGCGGCAACGAGGUUCUCUGCAAGGCCAUCUUCGACAUUCCAACCAAGGACUUCAAACCAACCAAACCAUACGAUGCAUCCGGCUCAAAUGACUUCCUCGCAACCUGGGAGUUUAUCCUCAUUGGUGUAGGGGCCGCAUUUCUGGUCAUUGUUGCCAUCACCGCCAUUGCUGUCACCAUCAUCAAUAAAAACAGACUUCCGGUACAAAAUGGCGGUGUUUUCUCGGUAACCAUGGCGGGAAGGACGACCUCUAAAACCAACCUUGUUGCUUAGGGGAGUCAGUAUUGAAUAGAAUCUUUCUGGGACGCGUUUAAUGCUUAUCAAUACACAUUUACUGUUGGUGAAAAGCCGACUUUGGUAAUCAAUUUUAAACCAAAAUAUAUCUUGCUUGCUUUGAUCUUGGUGACUGAUAAAGGUGACUUGCUACUUCGAUAGACAGUGUGAACUACUUUUAGCAAAUAAAUUA